AACACACACACAAAUAGUCUACAAUAUUAUUUAUCAAUUAAUGGAAAUAUCUUGAAUGCUUCAAUUUGAUCUUUGCACAGACUGUAUUUUUUCACCAAAGUUCUGCCAUGCAUGAUAAUUUUAGGAAUUAAGUCACAAGUACUCACAUGAUGAGACACUCAAAAGGGGCACAUUUUUCAGUAUUUCCACUGAGUUUUGCAAUGAAAAGUUUUAAAUUGCUUUGUGUAGUUGAAGACAUGUACUGAAUGAAAAUCACAGUCAUGGAGUUUUAAUGUUGCGAAACAAGUUUUGCUAGAAACACAAGGUUGUAAAACCUGCGCUCUUCCAGAAAAAAAUAAUAACUUAUCGUCUGAUGAUUAGGUCUGUUAGGUUACACACACCAUAGGUAUGUAAGCUCAAAUGUUGGUAACGUACACAAAUUAAACAACUAUGAUUUCAAAUCAAUCUAUGUAGAGUUUGAAAGGUCAAUAUCUUUUUGUUUUUGUCAUCGAGAACUUCAUGAAGACAUCAGGUAAGCAACAUUUGAAGAUAUCUUUAAACUGGUCAGCUGUUUACAGUGUUAAGUGGGUCAGAGUGGGGUGCUGUUUGUAAAAACCCUGUGAUCUGAUAUUCAUGGUGGGAGGGACUAUAAAUAGCUGCAGUAUAUGUGUGCACUUAGGACCCCAUUGGCUGCUAGUGUGAAAACUGCCAGGGGAGAACAGCCAUUUUGCUUGAGAGCACCUUUAUCUACACUGUUUUUCCCUGACAAUCAGAUGAGCUCUGAAACAGGAGAUGACUUUUAUCAGUCAGAGGAUGACCUGGACGAAGAUGAGGCGACGCAAUUCAUAAUUGAACAGAGUCUGAAUCAGUAUAGAAAACUCAAAGGGUUGAAUCCGAGUGAUCUGAAGCCCAGCACAGACCCUGAUGAGAUUUUCAAAGCUAUCAAGGAGGGGGAUGAGAUUGCACUGGAUAGACUAGCAGAGCAACCUGAGACUCUGUCUAGAGUUGAUGAGAGGGGAUGGAUCCCACUGCAUGAGGCUGCAGUGCAGGAUAACAAAAGAAUACUGGAGAUUAUAUUUUCAGCAUCACCCCCGGGAGCAGCUCAGUGUCGCACUCUGAAGGGUGAGACACCGCUGUUUCUUGCUGUGGUUCAUGGGCAGAGACAGAACGCCACAUUCCUGUUACAGAAUGGCUGCAGCCCAGAUGUUCAAAAUGAUGAGCAGGACUCUCCAUUGGUGGCAGCUAUUCUAAAUGACCAGUAUGACUUAGCCACCCUUUUGCUUCGGUACAAUGCCAAAGUAGACCAAACAGGACCACUAAACAGGACCGCUCUACAUGAGUCUGCAUUUUUGGGUUUGGAGAACUUUGUGUACUUGCUGUUGGAGUCGGGUGCCAAUCCGAAUGCACUUGAUGUUAAAACGAAAACUCCACUUGCGUUGGCUGCACAGAACGGACAUCUGAAUGUGGUGGAGACUGUGUUGGAAAAAGGAGCCCAUGUGAGGUCAGAGUCGGAGUCUGGUACUGUGUUAUUUGAUGCAGCAGCUUCAGGAAACCCUGAUAUCAUCUCCUUGCUCCUGGACCACGGGGCAGAUCCCAACCUUCCUCUUUACAGUGGGCACCUGCCAAUUCAUCGUGUGGCAUACCAUGGACACAGACUGGCACUGGAAAUCCUCAUCCCAGUCACCAACCUACAGGCUAUCAAAGAAAGUGGAAUGAGUCCACUUCAUUCUGCUGCUGCUGGAGGACAUGUCCAGUGUUUAGAAAUUCUGCUCAAAUCUGGCUUCGACCCAAACUUUAUGUUGCACCCAAGAGUGCGCCGCAGUUACGACGAUGAGCGCAGGUCCGCCCUCUUUUUUGCAGUGUCCAACAACGACCUUCAUUGCGCCCGCUUACUGCUAGAGGGUGGAGCAAUGGUGAACCAGGAUCCUGUCAAGUGCCUGCAGGUGGCCCUCAGACAGGGCAACUAUGAACUUAUCAACACCUUGCUAAAAUACGGAGCAAAUGUCAACUACUACUCCCGGGUCAACACCACUCACUUCCCCUCAGCUCUGCAAUAUGCCUUGAAGGAUGAAGUUAUGCUGAGGAUGAUUCUGAACCACGGUUAUGAUGUUAUGCGCUGCUUUGACUGUCCAUAUGGGGACAGUUCUCAUGACUACGCUCCUUGGACAACCUCAGUCAUCAAAGACAUGGUGUUCUGUGAGGUUAUAACAGUGUCAUGGUUGAAGCCCUUGUCCGGUCAGGUUGUGCGCAUCAUGCUGGACUACACUGACCAUGUCUCAUUCUGCCCUAAACUGAAAGAGACAUUGCAGCAGCAGAAGCAGUGGUCAGAAAUAUGUCAUAUUCAAAGAAACACACGGAGCCUGAAGCACCUGUGUCGGUUGAGGAUAAGGGAGCACCUCAGCCGUCUGCGCUUGAGAGCCCCAGUUUUUGUCAACUUCCUUCCUCUUCCUCCCAGACUGAAAGACUAUCUACGUUUUAAGGAGUUUGAUGUUUACAGUAGGGGGAGCAUGGUUAACCUCUGAAGAAGACAAAGUCUAAGAUGUUAUUGAUAUCAGCAUGUCUGAUAAGUUCCUGUUAACAUUUCUGCCAUUUUACCAUAAUUAGAUCUUAUGACUAAAAUCUUAUAGAGUGAUUCAUUCCUUUUCAUCAGUGUUGUUUUGGCUGGGGUUUCCUAAGGACAAAAAAGAUCAAUGCAGGCACAAUACUAUGUGCCUGCAUUGAAUACAUCUGCUUUUAUAGCACUACUCUGUGGUGGAAGGAAGAACUGCAUUUGUGGAAUAAAUGUAAAGGUUUCGUUCACUUCCUACGUUGGUAUUUACAGGUAGGCUUUAAGGGUAAUUCAUAUUUCCCAUAUUCUCUCUGUUUUUUUAUGUGAAAAAAUACUUGUCUUUGUCAUAAGGUGCCUCUGUUGUUUUAUUUUUGUUAGUUUUUUUAGUAUGCAGAGGUCUAAUAACUGCCUGAAAAAAGGGGAGGAGCUGUGUUUACAAUUUUAAACAGGCAUAUUUUUAAUGGCACAACAAACCAAGCAAUAACUAGCUUGAUGUGCUCCCUGUUCAUGUUAUUGUUGUUGUUUUUUUUCAUUUAAGUUAACACAAAUAACGUAUUUAACUUUAAUUACAUUUCAAGAACACCCGUUGGAAUGUGCAGUUUGAUGCAUGCCAGUGUAUUUUGUAUUGUUUUUAGUUCUUAUCAAGGUUGCAAAAUUAAAUUAAAACCAGCAUAUCAUU